CUCAAGCCUACACACCCACCUCGCUCCAUCCCAUCCUGUAUUAACGUUCCCAAUCCUCUUUUGAGGCAGAGUGACGUCCGCUACUGUCAGAAACAGACUUAAGCUCCGCCGGCUCUAGGAGAACAGUGGCAAGAAGCUUGUGUGUUGGAAUAACCUCAGGAAGAACCAAUCAGCACCGAUUUCUGUGGUUGGGCGGGGAGGACCUCAAGGGAGGACAGGUCUCCUGCCGCCUAAGAGUUGACUCCCAUGCUCAGCUGCUGCUCAUGCCAGGGACCUUACAGGGAAAUAAACAUGUGCACCUUGAUCACAAACAACUUAAAAGACUUCCUGAGAAGUUCAAAGGAUGAUCUCUGAGAGACUGGAGUACUACUGGGCUGCUGCUGCUUUAUUUAUUUUUUAUACAACCUUACUUGACGCUUGAAGUUAGAAAUCAUCACUUUUUCAUUGAGGUCCUACUGUGAUGGCGGCGAAACAGAUGACAGGACAGCUUCUGGCCAUGUCAGAAGGGCGACAUUGUUUGGGAGUCGACGAUCCUAGAACUGUCGUAGGCCUGGAUUUCCUUGAGAUGGAGGGUCAUAAUUAUGAACGCUUCGGGGAGGGGGAGAGGGACAAAUACCAGAUUGACUACAGGAGGAUUGUGGGGGACAUGGAACCGGCACGCCCUCGCCUGACCAGCAGAGAUGGGGAGCAGCCUCACCAGUACGGCACCUACGCCCAUUCCACGACGCACAGCCACGGGCACGAGACGGCCGCGCAGCGGUACAGCGCCACACGUAUUCAAGCCGGGUAUGAACCAGAGAGCAUGGCCGACUACUUGAUCAGCGGAGGCACAGGCUACGUUCCCGAGGAUGGCCUGACGGCACAACAGCUCUUUGCAAUCGGUGACGGGCUGACGUACAAUGACUUCUUGAUUCUGCCUGGUUUCAUCGAUUUUACUUCCGAGGAGGUGGACCUAACCUCUGCAUUAACACGGAAGAUCACACUGAAGACGCCUCUCAUUUCGUCUCCCAUGGAUACAGUCACAGAGUCAUCCAUGGCCAUUGCUAUGGCAUUGAUGGGUGGGAUUGGAAUCAUUCAUCAUAACUGUACGGCUGAGUUCCAGGCCAAUGAGGUGCGCAAAGUCAAGAAAUUUGAGCAGGGCUUCAUCACGGACCCCGUAGUAAUGAGCCCCCGACACACGGUAGGCGACGUGUUCGAGGCCAAGAUCCGCCACGGUUUCUCUGGGAUCCCUGUUACAGAGACCGGCAAGAUGGGAAGCAAGCUGGUCGGCAUCGUGACCUCUAGAGACAUUGACUUCCUGUCUGAGAAGGACCACGACAGACCCCUAGAGGAGGCAAUGACAAAAAGGGAGGAUCUAGUUGUCGCACCGGCUGGUGUCACACUAAAGGAGGCCAAUGACAUUCUUCAACGGAGCAAAAAAGGUAAGCUUCCAAUUGUCAACGACAGUGACGAGCUGGUGGCCAUCAUCGCCAGGACUGACUUGAAGAAGAAUAGAGACUACCCUCUGGCCUCCAAGGACUCCCGCAAGCAGCUGCUCUGCGGGGCAGCGAUCGGUACCAGGGACGAUGACAAGUACAGACUGGACCUCCUCAUGCAGGCGGGGGUGGAUGUGGUGGUCCUGGACUCCUCCCAGGGUAACUCAGUUUACCAAAUCAACAUGAUCAACUACAUCAAGCAGAAGUAUUCCGAACUCCAGGUGGUUGGAGGAAAUGUGGUAACAGCUGCUCAGGCUAAAAACCUCAUUGAUGCCGGUGUGGAUGCCCUCAGGGUGGGCAUGGGCUGCGGCUCCAUCUGUAUCACCCAGGAAGUGAUGGCAUGCGGGCGGCCCCAAGGCACAUCUGUGUACAAGGUUGCAGAAUACGCCCGCCGUUUUGGUGUGCCUGUAAUUGCUGACGGGGGCAUUCAGACCGUCGGGCAUGUGGUCAAAGCACUGGCUCUGGGAGCAUCGACGGUGAUGAUGGGCUCACUGCUCGCGGCGACCACCGAGGCUCCGGGAGAAUAUUUCUUUUCUGAUGGGGUACGUUUGAAAAAGUACAGAGGAAUGGGCUCCUUGGAUGCCAUGGAGAAAAACAAUAGUCAGAAACGCUACUUUAGUGAGGGAGACAAGGUGAAAGUGGCUCAAGGUGUAUCGGGCUCAGUCCAAGACAAAGGCUCCAUCCAGAAAUUUGUGCCGUACCUCAUUGCAGGCAUUCAACAUGGUUGCCAGGAUAUCGGAGCUAAGAGCUUGUCCAUUUUACGGUCAAUGAUGUAUUCCGGAGAAUUGAAAUUUGAGAAGAGAACAAUGUCUGCUCAAAUGGAGGGCGGAGUCCAUGGCCUUCACUCUUAUGAGAAACGACUUUACUGAGGCCGGAGGAAAGGGAAACUCCCGUUCGGGACCGGAUGUUCCCGCCCCAGCCCUGCUGAACAGACGAACGUCGCA